AUGCACUGUUUGCAAACGUCGGACAACAGCAUGGCUUCACAUCCGUCGAUCAAGGCUGGUCCCAUCCAGCCAACGCCAUUGCCCCUCAUCCCUGACGAUUCGAGCCCUGUGUCGCACCAUAGCUUUUCAACUCCACCAGAACGCCUUGUCACGAGAAGUACGCCAUCGUCCACCGUGCACAGUCGGGAAACUUCCACGGUCAGAGGAGGUGCCGACCUAUCCGCCUUAGCCCCUUCAUCCUCACAGCCUCAACACUCUCGCCGCGGCAACUCCCAUUCCAAAAGUCCCGAACCAAGCGCUGGGAGGUCUGGUCUUGGGUACGAUGUCGGCUUGGAGAGGAGACCAUCCAACUCUUACGGUCAUCAUCGAAAUACCUCGAUUGUCCAUGGAAUCCAACACUCCCGAAAUCCCAGUUUCGCUGCCUCUACAACCUCUACAAGCCCGCUCAGCCCCGAAUUGAUCGCUUCGCUCGGCCGCGGUGGCGCCCCCGACCCAGAAGGCACAGGCGCUGUACGAAUGGAGCAGAACGAGGGACCCUCGGGCUUCCAGGGCCAAGGGGCCAAUGGAGCGGUGCACAGUCUGCAGGGCACACUAAGCACCAUAGAGGAUAGAGAUACGGAUGAUGUCGCUGAUGGGACCCUGGCGAGUACAGCUCACAGGAGAAUGAACUCCAACGGAAAGCCGUGGCAGGAGCGGUCCCAUAGCCGUUCGCACUCGAGGCACCAUUUUGGAGCAGAGUCGAAGACGGUUGGGGAAUACGCUUUGCACCAUCUCUUCAAUUCCUUUGUAGGUCAAGCGGACAAUAAGAUCAACCAAGCUAUAAUGAAGCUGGGUGAGUCAGACGCGCCAGUUGAAGAGGUAUGCGGACCGGGCGUCGAUUCAAACUUUGAUCAAUUGAUCUCUGCUUUGGGUCAUAUCGCGCGAGAGAAACCGAAGCCUCUGAUUGAUACGAUCAUGCUAUGGCGAAAGGCCAAAGGCGAUGCUGCUAUUGUGGCCAAACAGGCCGCUGGUCAGAAGACUACAUCCGAAAAUGGGUCCCUGAUACGCCGCAACACUGAGCCACCCCAGAUCAUCGCGGAAUCGGCUUCUCAGACUGACUCGGCAUCUCCUGCGACUACACUUUACUCCCGGCACGACGAUGUCAUCUUGGCGGAGCGGCGUGCGACGGUGUCCGUUUACCUGGUUUGCAGGGUUUUGAUCGAAAUAUUCAACCAGAGCAGUCUUGCUUCGAUCACAUUGGACAUGGCGGACCGCUUAGAGGAUAUAGUCUUCGGUCAACUCAAAACAGUAGACCCCGAACAGAUCUCAGCUUCGCCUCUUCGCAUGGCGAACUGGAGGAUUUACUCCCAAGUGCUAGGGAUCAUGAGCGAAAACAACUUCACAAGCGUCACAGCUCGGUUUUUGGCAGAGCUCGAAAAAAUUCAGAAGGAUGAAACACUUCGUGGGCCGUCCAGGGAUGGUGACGCCAAAGCUGAACUCCUAAUCCUAGGGAUGAGGCAUAUUCGGAUUAAGACACAACCCGACUCAUGGGCUCGCUCUUGCGAAUUUUUACGCUCACUGGCCCGAUUGUUCGGUAAUUCUCAUGGGCAACGGGUCAAACAGGCAUAUUGUUAUAUCUUCGAAAAGUUACUCCUACCUGUGGCUGCAAGUCCCAACUCUGACUUGACGUUGCCCAAGUGGAAAGACUUUAUAGAGCUAGUCCAGUCCCGUCUGUCACAGAUGCUAACCAAGCCUCGUCAUUGGACUGUGGCUUUCCCCCUCCAUGUGCUGCUCUUGUGCGUGUCGACGAAGGAAAACUUCUCCUCACAGUGGCUUUCACUGGUCCAGUCGCUCCCGCCGAGAUUAAAAGACCGGCCAACGAGAGGGCCGGCCCUACAGGCAAUGUGUCGCUUGCUGUGGACCUACUUCUUCCGGUAUUCAGAAUCGCCCACAGCUACACUGCGUAAAGUCGACGAAGUAUCGAAAAUCGCGCUUCCGCCGGGCAAAAGGACAUAUCUGAGUACAGAACCGGCCGUUGCAGAACCUCUUAUCCAACUAAUACGGAUGAUUGGCUUUAAGCAUCCUGACGUCUGUUUCAGAAGCAUUAUCUUUCAAAUGAUCAGCUCGGAUCUUUUUCUCUCCGGGAAAGAGCUAAAGAUCGAACAGAUGGAGCCGGAAAAGAUGGUGAUUGGAAUCAGGUCCUUCCUCGCCAUCAUGACAGACAUCGAGAAUUCUGAUCAGCUUUGCCCUCCCGUGCCCACCGGUUCGAUCCCCAACCCAUUCACCGACAUGUCCUCUCCAACCUAUCUCCACCGUCCUCAGUUUCUGGCUGACCCCCGGCUUCCAAAUGCCCGAGGGAAUAAGGGGGAUGCAGUAUCACGGCCUGUAAACACAGCAAGACUGAAUGAGAAUGUCAGAGACUAUUAUUUCCGGUUCUGUGACAUCCUUGGCAAGAUAACUCUUUUAUGCGACAACACUUUCGGAGGACAGGCAGCACUGGAUGAGAAAUUCGGCGGGACAACUCCUAAGACCCCGAUUGCGGAGGCCUUCAGUUUUGGAAGACGGGAUGAUCAUCCUAACAUUCUAGAUCAGAGACAGGGCUUCUACGAUCUUCUUCACGUCGCGGUCCAAGCCCUGCCUCGCUGUUUAUCCGAUCGUAUACCAUUCAAUUCUCUGAUCAAUCUGCUUUGUACUGGCACUGCUCAUGUUCAAACAAACAUAGCGUCCUCAUCUGCCGAGUCUCUGAAAGCAAUUGCACGGCAAUCUCAUGCCCAGCAGGUGACGAUCGGUUUCGCAAGGUUUAUAUUCAAUUUCGACGCGAGAUAUUCCACCAUGUCAGACGAAGGCAUGCUUGGGCCAGGCCACAUCGAAUCUACAUUGAGAUUGUAUGUCGAGUUGCUGAGGAUCUGGAUUGAGGAGAUCAAGCAGAAGACUAAAGAUGCAGCGGCGGACUCUGGCGAUAAGUCUGGUACUGGGAGCAGGGCUCUGCAAUUGGACCUUUCCAGCGUUCUCGCCCAGGUCGAGGAGGUGGAGUCCCACGGCUUAUUCUUCCUUUGCUCGCAAUCGAGGAGGGUUCGCGCUUUUGCGAUCACCGUACUCCGCCUUAUUACGGAAUUUGACAGCGCCCUCGGCAAGGAGAAUACGCGAAUCAUCCGGAUCUUGGAGGCCGACUCGCAACAGAUAUUGGACGUCAAUGACGAACAACUAACUGUGGCUGAGAGGAGUCGCAUCCAGAAAGGCAAGCGAAGAAGCGCCACUCAAAACACGCUGAUUGAGCUGUGCAGCAGUGAAGUCUCCUAUGACUCUACACUAUGGUCGAAGGUAUUUCCCAAUAUCAUUCGGAUUAGCUUCGAGACCUGUCCUUUCGCUGUGACGUUGGGCCGUGAGAUCGUGUGUGCGAGACUUGUCCUGAUGCACAAGACCAUUACGUCGCUUGCGGAGAGUCCUCAGUAUCCUCAAUACGGUCCGAUUGAUGCCAUUCAAGCUCGCUCAUUCGGUAGGAGUAACACAACCGCCGAGAUCUUGAUUGAGCAGUGGAAGCUGUAUUUGGUCAUGGCCUGUACCACCCUCAACAGCGUAGGCGCGCAGUCCCAGAGUCAGCUGGCAAACGCUCAGCAUGCACGGAAAGGAUCGAAAGGGUCACAACAGUCGCAGGAUAAAAUAAGCUCCGCCCGAAGCCUCUUUGCCUUUGUGAUCCCGUUGCUAUCAGCCGAGCGAUCUUCUAUACGAAACGCUAUUGUGAUUGCCCUAGGCUCGAUCAACAUGAACCUAUACCGCACCCUACUUGAGUCUCUACAGUACGCCGUUACGACUUGCAACGAAGAGGCUAAGGUUCGGAUCGGUACACAUUAUCGUUCUCCGAGCAGCCCACGGCGCAAUCGCAAGACAGACCGAUUGCGGACCGAAGUCACCCAUGUCUAUAAAUUAACGUCCCACUUCCUCAAAGAAUCCGAAGUAUACAACGAUGACUGGAUUGUCAACAACCUUGUCACCUAUGCAAAGGACUUGCGGAUAUUCUUGAGUGAUGCCGAGGUGCAGAACGACUGGGAAUUUCAGCGGCUUCGCUUCCACUACUGCGGGCUUAUGGAGGAGCUCUUCGAGGGUAUCAAUCGUACCAAAGACCCCUCUCGCUGGAUACCUUUCGAGUCAAGAAAGUCUUCCUUCUCUCUUAUGGAGGACUGGUGCGGAUACUCGCCCAAUCAGUCCCAGAUCUCGCAACGUGAGGAGACGAUGCGGAGAAAUGCCAUCUCACAGAACCAUGAGGCUGGCGAAUUGCGUAAUACUGCCGCAGCCAUGGAAAUAGAGAAGAAGAACCUGCGCGCAGCAGCCCUCAGUGCAAUGGCAUCCCUAUGCGCUGGGCCGAUUAGUAUUACAACAGAGAGCGGGUCGGUGCUCCAAUUUGACGUGGGCCGGAUGCUUUCUUGGGUUGAUAUCAUUUUCAACACAAUCAGUGACAAGUGGCACGCCAUUGGUAGACGGGCCUUGAAAAAUCUAAUCAUCCACAAUAAGGAGCACUCAUACUUGUUGGAACGGUCCAUCGAGAUGUGCUAUGUCACAGAGCGACCGAAGGCAUUGGAGAGCUACUUUGAAGUCGUAACCGAAGUGCUCAUCGAGCAUAAGGAUUAUCCGCUUGGGUUUUGGAGAAUCUUGGGUGCCGUACUUGUUACACUUGGUAGCCCGAAACGGGAGAUCAGAAUGAAGUCUGCUAAGCUGCUUCGGAUUUUGGAAGAGCGACAACAGAAGAGUUCAAGAUUACAAGACUUCGACAUCAGCAUUUCCGACAAGACGACCGCCGUCUACAAGCUUGCGCAAUUCGAGACCUCGAAACGUUUGGCGAAGCAACACUCUGACCUGGCCUUCACUCUCUUCUCCGAGUUUUCAUUGCACUUUCGGAAUCUGCGGCCGGACAGCCAGCGGAACAUGGUGGCUGCCAUCCUUCCGUGGGUCCAGACAAUGGAGCUUCAAGUCGAUCCCAAUGGCGGCCCAACAGCCAAGUCAUAUAUGCUUCUGGCCAAUCUGUUUGAAAUUACGAUCCGCUGCAGUACUAUUCUUCCAAACGAGGUUCAGGCCCUUUGGCAAGCUCUGGCCACCGGCCCGCAUGGUGGCAACGUACAGUUAGUGCUUGACUUCAUCAUCAGCCUCUGUUUGGAACGCAAAGAGCAGAACUUUGUGGAUUAUGCCAAACAGGUUGUUGUGUUCCUGGCAGGAACUCCCGCAGGCUCCAAGGUUAUUGAGUUUUUCUUGUUGCAGGUCGUGCCGAAGCACAUGGUACAAGAAAGGAAAGAUAUCACACCAGCGCCACCUGAUACCAGAAGCCUACCUUAUGUCACAGACCUCGGAACAGUACUUCCUGUUGGGAACAAGCAAGCUGGCCUCUCUCUGGGCCAAGUCGCGCUGAUUUUCCUCGUUGACUUGAUGGUUGCGCCAGUUACACUGACCAUGGACGAUUUGGUUAAAUUACUCCAUGUUGUCCUUAUACUCUGGGACCAUUACACGCUCACUGUGCAAGAACAGGCCAGGGAAAUGCUGGUUCAUCUGAUACACGAGUUGAUCGCUGCAAAGGUUGAGGAUGACGCGCCUAUCGAAACACGGCAGUCCAUUGAAGACUUUGUGGAAUCAAUCCGUAAGAGUGAUCCGAAGGUUGUGUGGGAAUACGAAGACGCCAGUGACAAAGAAGAUGAAGAGGACGGCAGCCGUGUUCCGCCAUCAAUGGCCUCUGUCACUCGCCAAGUAGUCGGUUUCUUCAGCCUUGGAUAUGAAGGGCUGAACGACCUAUGGGCGAAAGAAGCGUUGAACUGGGCGACGUCAUGCCCAGUGCGACAUCUCGCCUGUCGGUCGUUCCAAGUGUUCCGUUGCAUAUCCAUGUCUCUCGAUUCCCGGAUGCUGGCUGAUAUGUUGGCCCGUCUGUCGAACACUAUUGCAGACGAAGAGUCGGACUAUCGAACCUUCUCCAUGGAAAUUCUUACGACACUUAAGAUCAUUAUCAGCUCUUUGGCGCCUACUGACCUGCUGCGUUAUCCCCAGCUGUUCUGGACUACGUGUGCUUGCUUGAAUACCAUACACGAAACGGAGUUUAUUGAAAGCGUUGGCAUGCUUGAGAAGUUCCUGGACCGUGUCGACAUGAGUGACCCCAUGGUGGUUUCAGAGCUCAUCAAAGGCCAGCCGCCAAAGUGGGAAGGUGGCUUUGAUGGUCUCCAGGAUUUGAUCUACAAGGGUCUCAAGUCAUCUGAAUCGUUGAAUCGAACACUGGACAUCCUGCACCGACUGAGUGCUCUUCCAAACAACGAGCUCAUUGGUGAUGGUAACAGGUUAUUAUUCGCCAUAUUAGCCAACCUGUCUCACUUUUUGCGUCAAUUUGACUCCGAUGUUGACGAUCCCAAGACAUUGGCGCGCGCGACACUGCUGGCAAGGGUCGCUGAAAGUGAAAGAUGCCCCCGACUAGCAGCUUCAUUGCUCGGGUUUGCGAACGGCCAAUACAAGGCGGAGAACGAUUUCCUGAACCAUAUUAUCACGGAGAUUCGGUCUUAUUACUUCCCCCGCCAGGAUGUUCAAAGUCUUAUUUUCCUCAUGGGCUUGCUGACCAAUACAACAAACUGGUUCCGCGUCAAGGUCAUGAAAAUACUAUGCGUGCUGUUACCUGACAUGGACAUGCGUCGUGGAGAAGUGACGUGUCAUGGGCCUGAUCUGAUCUCUCCUCUCUUGCGACUGCUACAAACGGAUCUCUGUCCCCAAGCUUUGCAGGUCAUGGACCACAUAAUGACCGUCUCGGCCAAUCCAAUGGAGAAGCAUCACAUCCGGAUGAGCAUGGCUUCCUCGUCGUCUUCUCGGGCUAUCCGAAAGGAGUACGAGCGCGUGCAGAGCUUGUAUGGUAUACCGGAGCCCACCGGAUGGUCGAUACCCAUGCCCGCGACGCAAUCAAGCAUCACACGACACAAUGUCCAUGCAGUGUUCUACACUUGCGCGGAGGUUGACCGUAUGGAAGUGCAGGAGGCAGCACCCUCUGAGGUGGAAUUCCACGCCGACGAGUAUAAUGACACGUUCUUCCCCAUGCGGGCGGACACGAUGAAAUCUAUCGAUACGCAAACGGACGGCAACAUGGGGGACAUCGUCCAGAAGCUAGACAGUCUGGAUGACUUCUUCGAGGAGACAGACCCGGUGCACGCAACGCUGGACCCUAUUUCCGAUUCCACCCUACGGGGCUUUACUGGUACAUUUGCCGAUACCAACGCCAAUCUUUACGAUCAGCAAACCGCGCCAAUCCUCCGCAAGUCCCUUGCCCGAACCGCCUCAACGUCCUCUUUCCAUAAUGGACUUGCUGAGUCCCGUCCGUCCAAUCUGCGCUUCGACAGCAUGGGAACGCCAUCUCCCGGGACUUUUACUCCCCAGCCUCAGAGUCAAACUGCUCGGCCCGUUUCCCACACGCGCUCCGUCACGUCUCCAGUCAAUCAUUUGUUCACGCCUCAGAGUUCUAGUGCACAUCAUAACACGCCCUUGAUUGGAUUUGAGUCGGCAUUCCUAUCCGAUGACGAGAUAGAGGACGGCUUGGCUGAUCAUAAACAAGCCAUGCCGCAUCCUAUCAGUCAAACGCGCAGUGCCACGGACGGGUCCUCAUCCCUUGAAUCCAUGAUCCGCAGCGGUAUGCGACGACUCACCGGCGGGGCAGCUACGAAUCGGGAAAAGGAGAGACAGCGUGAUCUGGUUCGAGCCCAACAGCGAGCAAUGGUUCAGACGGCCAGCUCACCGCGCGUGCCCAAGGUGCCUGCGGAGUAUCUGACGGGGCCAACGAGCAACCCAUCUUCCCCAGCACAACAGUGA